CUCUUUUUUCCUAUAUAGUCUAAAAAUACAGUUUGAGACUAAACAUCACAUUUCCAAAAUGGCAUACCAAAACCCUCCUUCAAUUCAAACUUCAGAUCUUGAAGCACCACAAAUCACUCCAACAACUCUAACUAACACUUCAUCCACAAAAUUCACAACCAAAGAUGCAGUGAACAAACUCAAAAACAAUUUGGUUUUUGGUUCAACAUGGGCUGAAAUUAAUGGUGCCAUGGGUGACCUUGGCACCUAUAUACCCAUUGUUUUGGCUCUCACUCUUGCUAGGGACCUCAACCUUGGCACCACAUUGAUUUUCAAUGGUGUCUAUAACAUUAUCACUGGUGUAAUUUAUGGGGUCCCUAUGCCCGUCCAGCCGAUGAAGUCCAUCGCUGCGGAAGCCUUAUCAGACAAAGACUUCGGCGUACCUGAAAUCAUGACAGCUGGAAUCAUAACCGGCGGCGUGCUAUUCAUUCUGGGGAUCACAGGAUUAAUGAAACUGGUAUACAAGCUAAUUCCUUUAUGUGUUGUAAGAGGAAUUCAACUAGCACAAGGUUUGUCAUUUGCUUUAACAGCUGUUAAAUAUGUGAGAAAAGUGCAAGAUCUUCCAAAGUCUAAAUCUUUGGGUCAAAGACAUUGGUUUGGUUUAGAUGGGUUGAUUCUAGCUAUUGUUUGUGCUUGUUUCAUUGUUAUUGUGAAUGGAGCUGGUGAAAAAAAUCAAGGGUGUUGUGGUUCUCAAGAAAGUGAUGAUUUGAAUGGCCAAAGAACUCAAAGGAGUGAUGAAGUUGGAAGAAACAAGAAGAUCAAUAAAUUGAGAAAGUUUGUUUUUUCACUUCCUUCUGCUUUUUUAGUCUUUGUUUUGGGGAUUGUUUUGGUGUUUAUAAGAAGACAUGAAGUGGUGCAUGAAAUUAAAUUUGGACCAUCUUCAAUAGAAGUGGUGAAAUUCAGUAAACAUGCUUGGAAAAAGGGUUUUAUUAAAGGAGCAAUUCCCCAACUACCCUUGUCAAUUUUGAAUUCUGUUAUUGCAGUUUGUAAAUUGUCAACAGAUCUUUUUCCAGAAAAGGAAUUUUCAGUUACUUCAAUUUCAGUGACAGUUGGUUUAAUGAAUUUGGUUGGUUGUUGGUUUGGUGCUGUGCCAACUUGUCAUGGUGCUGGUGGACUUGCUGGACAGUAUAAAUUUGGUGGAAGGAGUGGUGGUUGUGUUGCAGUUCUUGGUGCUGCAAAAUUGGUGCUGGGAUUGGUUUUAGGAACUUCUUUGGCACACAUUUUAAGGGAAUUUCCUGUUGGGAUAUUAGGUGUGUUACUUUUGUUUGCUGGAAUUGAACUUGCUAUGUGUGCUAGAGAUAUGAAUACUAAAGAAGAUUCUUUUGUGGCACUUAUUUGUACUGCUGUUUCUUUGGUUGGAUCAAGUGCUGCUCUUGGUUUUUUAGUUGGAAUGAUUGUCUAUUUGUUACUUAAGGUAAGGAAUUUGAAAAAGGAUAAACCACUUUCCUCCAUUUCCAACCAAAAAAGUCCCAACUAGUUAAUUUUGAAAAAAAGGGAGUUUCAUUAUGUGUACAAAAUUUAUUGUUAGAUAAUACUUUUGAUCAUUUUUACAAAGACAGUUGAGUCAAUAAAAAUUAAUGUAUUAUGAACCAGAUACAUAAAAUUUUGUAGAUCCAACUGUCUUUUAUAAAAAAGAUUCAUGAAAAUAUUAAUGAAUUGGAGUGUGAUGGCUUUCAAGGAUAUGUUUAAGUUUAUGAGAGGUUUGAGUUUUUUUCUCUUUCUUGAAUUUGGUAUUUGAAGUCAAAUGAGGACUUGCAGGGGUUCUUAGUUUUAGGACUCUAUAUUGUAAUUGAAAAAAAAGUGUAGAGCAUAUAGUUUGUAGUAACUUCAGGUUGUGCUAGCUUUUGCUCUUUGCCUAUUAUGUAUGCUAUCGCAUACUUAAUGUUUAUACUAUCAAUAAUAGCACAAAGAGUUUGAUUCAA